AUGGAGAUGGCUGCAAUUGUGGAGAAGUCAAAUUCAACCAAAGACCGAGUGAGAUUAGCCCGAGAGAGGAGAGAGGACAAAGAGAGGACUCAAGCAUCUCGGGAAAAGGAGCUAUGGGAGAAGGAGCAGCGCUCCCGUAAGCAGUAUGAGCGCUCGCUGGAGGAGCGAGGGAGGCGUCUGGAGGAGCAGCGGCAGCGAGAGGAGCAUCGUCGAGCUGCUGUGGAACAGAAGAGGAGGGAGCGUCGUGAGGAGGAGAAGGAGCAUCUGGAGGCCCUCAUGCGGCGCUCAGAGGACCGCGGCCCGCCGCUGGAGCAGAGACCCAAACGCUGGACGUGGGGCGGCCCGCCACGAGCCUGCGAGGGUGAUCCUAAGAUUGCCCCGCCCUCUCCUGCUGCAUCCUCCAUCUUAGCCAAUGAUGCUGCUUCUCUCCUGCCUGCCAGCCAAUCCAAAGCCGUACCAGACUUCAUGAUUCCACCAGAGUGUCCAGAGCUAGACCUGAUCGCCUGCCUUCCCUCCUCUAACUCCUCAGCUACUUUAGCACAAACAACAGGCAGAGCCUCGCCCAGCCCCCACAGGUCCCCAUACAGGGCCUCACCGAGCAGAGCCGAGCGCAGGAAGACCAGCUCCACAUCUGGACCGUCGGAGGAAUCCCGAGGGGCUGCCACAACCCCUAAAACCCCCCAGACAGAGAAACAAGCCGGCAUGAUGACCGACUCCUCAGCAAAGCGACUCGAACCUCCCAUGACGCCCACCAAGAGCUUGUCUGGCUGCAAGAAGCCCAGCACACCCAAAAGGUCCAAGUCAUGUAAGAGCCGUAUCCAGUCUCCGUGUUCUCCCGGGCAGUACCCCAGCUCACCUCUGAGGCACAGAGCCAUGACCCCGGGUGCAGACGCCAACAAGAAGCUGGACGGAGAGGAGAAAGGAGUUGAGGGUAAACUCUCUAGCACUCUGGAUCGGAAAACAUCAAGGACUGAAAAGAUUUCGAAGUCUGCAAGCAGAGAACUCGGACAUAAUGCAGAGUCUCCAGUGACUCCAACUGGAAAAGCUGGAACCACUGAUGCUGAAGAGGCUUCCAGACUGCUGGCUGAGAAACGACGGCUGGCCAGAGUGCAGAAGGAGCAGGAGGAGAAACAGCGACUGGAAGAAGAGAGGCUCAAAGCCGAGGAGCUCCAGAGGAAGCAGGCAGAGGAGCGAGAGCGACAGGAGCUGGCGGCUCAGCAGGCAGAGAAGGAGCGACAGAGGCAAGAGGAGGAACGCAGGAAGAAAGAGGAAAACGACAAGCAGCAGAAGGAAAGACGUUUGAAAGAGCUCCAGGAUCAGCUGGACAGAGAGAGGGAGGAGGCUUUCCAGAGGGUGCAGAGGGAAGCGGAGAGGAAGCAGCAGGAAAGAGAGCAGCUCAAACUGCAGGAAGAGCAAGAGAGACUGCAGAGGAAGAAGCGCAUUGAGGAGAUCAUGAAAAGGACAAGAAAAACUGAAACCGAACCAAAGAAGGAUGAGACGCAUGUUGAGUCCAGCUCGUCUGUGAUCGAUCGCGAGUCGGUCUCUGUCCUGGAGUCUGCAGAUGCUGGACAGAUUAACGGUCCGUCCAUCAGGUCCUCGGAAAGCUCCACUUUUACCGAGUUUAAGAGUGAAUUCCCGUCAUCCGUCACAGCUGGCUCAUGUGUGAUAAACUUACAGCCUCUGGAAGCUAAGGGGAGUGCGGCUGAUGACCUUUCAGAUGGCGUUCAGUCCAUGGAUGUCAGUCCAGUCUCUAGAGAUGAGCUGAUGCAGGAGUACUCUCCUAUCAGCGAGAGCUCCGAGAACCUCAUGAGGAACCCCCAGGCGCUGGAUCUCCUGCAUCUCACCGGACAAGCUGCGUAUCCUAAAGCUGGUGACUGCAACAAAAACCUGAUCCAGAGCUUCAGCAGUGCCACCGCAGACACAGCGCUCAUCCAGAGUCUCGGGCCGAGCAUGGAUAAGCUCACCGUCUAGUUCAGCAGGGUAAACUUCACAUCUCGGCUGUGUUGAACGGUUUAGGAUUUGGCCUUCAUCUGUCGUGCCUCUGUUCCAGCUCUAACAAUCUUCUACACAAGAAAUCCGUGUGCAUCCUGAGGAAAAGAGGAAGGAGCGCUGAAUCAAGUAGUUAUGUGAAUGAUAAUAAUAAUGAUGAUAAUUAAAAAAAAAAAGCUUUGCCUUUUCUUCAUAGGUAUAAAUAACAUU